CUUGAAAACCCUAAGAAGGCCAGUUCCAACUCUGCACACUGGGGGUCGCCAUGAAUCAGAAUCGACUCGACUGCAACCAACCACAAAAACUUAUAAGAAGGUGUGAUUACUUCACUGAAUAUUUACCUCGUGGCAAAAUUACAUCCUAUCUUUCAGGGGGAGAGAGUCUGUCAGCGUGGACGGGGCAAGAAACAGAGCACAGAACAGCCCAUAAGCCCGCUGCGUGGACCACGAGAUACUCUGGUCAGUUCCUGUGCUAGAUCUGUCAUCCGAAGAUGCUGCAACGGACAAUUCAUGCUCUGCUGAUAAUUCUGGUUCCAUCCUUCUUGACCAACAAGCUGCUGUUCAACCGGAUGGUCCAAGCAGGACAUACUUUUUCCAUCCCAAGAACCUCUCCAGGAACAGCACGUCUGGUUUCCACUUCGUGAGUUUGCUCAGCAAUUGUGGGCGGAAAAAGUCUGGGUCUCGACCCCGCGGGACCCCGGUAUUUCAGGACCUCCGUCCUUAAGAUCCGCCCCUUCAACUUCUCGAAAGGGCAGGGCGACGAGCUCAGCUGUCACCUCCUUCUCUCCACUCCCUUUGCUCUCACGUGUGUUUGGCACUUCAAUAACGGCACUUCUUCCGGGACCUUCUGGCCGCCCCGACCAAUCAAAGUGCUCUUCCGGUCCUUACCAUUGUCAGCCUGCGGCCAAUCGGCUCGCUUCUACCAACGCCCCUUAAAGGCGCCGCCAACGUCCCCGGAGCCGGGGCCAACCAACUCCUCGGUUCCGGCCCCCAGUCGCAGUAUGGAGUCAUCCCGGGGGCGGCCUGGGCCCGAGGCGGACCCCCCGGCUCUAGGGAAACACCAGGCCGCGAUCUGCGGCGCCGGGUCCGGCCGAACACCCCCCGAGCCACCCUCAGACCUCAGGCUGCCCGAGAAGGAAGAGGCCGAGAACGUUGGGGGCGCGAGCCGCCACCCCGGGGAGUCCCCGAAGACCUCGAGCUGCAGCGCAGUCCGCCGGUCGGAGCGCCAGGCUCGGGAGGGCGAGGCCGGGCCCCGAGGGACACCGUCCGGGAGCGGGGGCCGCCGGGGGGCGCCGGGCUCGGAAGACGACCCGCCCCCCUCCUCCCGGCUCCCGGUCCCCGAGCGGCCAGAGGACGAGCCUGCAGCCGGGAGGGCCUGCCGUCGAGGGAGCCCGGGAGGCGGUGGCGCGAAUGCCGAGCAGCUGCAGCAGCAGCAGGCGGAGGACAAGGAAGAGGCGGUGGCGGCCAGCAGGACUGGCCGCUCGUUCUCCAGCCGCCUUCAGGACAGCCGCAGCCUGGAUGGGCUGAGCGGAGCGUGCGGCGGCGCCGGGUCAGCAGGGGGUGCCGAGGCCGGCGCGGGAGGCGGGCGCCGCGCCACUAUCUCCAGCGCGCUGGAGCUCGAGGGCACAGUGAGCCGCCACGGCGACCUCACCCACUUCGUGGCCAACAACCUGCAGCUCAAGAUCCGUCUGAGCGGCGCCCCUCAACCCCAGCUCCCUGCCCCUGCGCGGCCCUGCCCAACGCCUGCACCCACUCCGGCCAUCCCGCCCAUCGACCCGGACGUGCUGCGGGACCUGGAGCGGCUGAGUCGGGAGCUGGGCGGCCGGGUGGACCGCCUGCUCCGCGGGCUGGGUGGCGCAGUGCAGGAGCUGACAGCGCUGAGCGUGGGCUGCAUCCAGACCUACCGCGACGCGGUGGACUCCUUAGGUGAAGCCGUGGACAUGAGCAUCAAGGGCAUGUACACUCUGCUGGCUCGCUGUGAGGAGCUGGAGCGGGCCCUGCAGCCGGUUCAGGGGCUGGCGCGCCAAGUUCGAGACAUCCGACGUACACUGGAGGUGUUGGAGGCACUGUGCAAGUGACCACGAGGGCAGGAGAGGCCAGGCCUGACUGGGACAGGACCUAGCAGGACCCUUGAAGUAGCCCUGGUGGGAACUGUCCGGAGGGGAGACCUAUACGUGUGGGAGGCUUUUCCAGGUGCAUUUGGCAGGCUGGCGCCUAAUCGCUGAGCCGUAGGCAGGUGUAAAUGGAGAUGCUCCAGUUCCUCUCUUGGAGGGAGGGCAUGAUGCUCUGCUUAUAUUCAGUUGGCAAUCUGUAGCUACUCUACUCUCCACGACUCUCCUUCCUAGCUCAAGCACCAUCCUUGGGAACCCAGGGCUUUAGAUUUCUGCUCGAAGGUGGAGACAUGACUCCUUUAUGUGAUCAAGAGAGAACAGAGGAGGCCCACCCCCACUGUGGCUACCCUAACUCCACUGGCCACAUCUCAGGUGCCCGAGGCUUUGGAAGCUUAAGUGGGCCUUGGCCACACCGCCACGCAAGCAAGGAUACACACCUGCAGGUGGACAUCCUUCUGUUUCUGCCCUCCUCCCAUACCAUACCACUUGCCCAACCAGAACCAAGGCAGAGCUUGGAGGAGUGCAUCUAAUGGUGAAGGGGAUGAGGUGAGAAGUGUCUCACUGCUCUCAGGGUUCAGGUAGAAUUGUUGCUGGUUUUGAAGCCCGCCUGUUGUGGAUUGUUCUAAUCAGUUGUAGCUUUCUGAGUUUUGUGGAAUUAAAGUGCUGCUGCUGCUAA